GCGAAGCGGGUGCAAAGUUUGGCACCCCGCAAAGGGAUGUCAGAUAAGAGUGGGCGGACCGCCCGAGGGCUUUUUAGCCUUCCAGUCUUAGGGGCGCCUGCUGCCGGGACCCCAGACGGUGCGCUGCAAUGGACGGUGUAGAUUCGGCGGCCCAGGGCACUGCCCAGCCUCAGGAUGGAGAGCAGCCGGCCGAGUCCCCGGAGCCGCCGCCGCCGCCUCCCGCUCCGCCGCCGGCUCCGCCGCCGCCGGCUCCUCCACCAGAACCAGGACCAGAACCAGAACCUGCUCUGGGACCCUGCCCAGAGGCAACUCCAGAACCAGCCACAGAACCAGACUCAAAUCCAACUCCAGAGCCGGCCCCGGAGCCGGCCCCAGGACCAGACUCAGAGCCGGACCCAGAGCCGGACCCAGAAUUUGUCCCAGAGCCGGCCCAGGAGCCGGUCCUAGAAUUUGCCCUAGAGCCGGACCCAGAGCCGGUCCCAGAAUUUGCCCCAGAGCCGGACCCAGAGCCGGUCCCAGAAUUUGCCCCAGAGCCGGACCCAGAGCCGGUCCCAGAAUUUGCCCCAGAGCCGGCCCCAGAGCCAGCCCCAGAACCUACCCCAGGUCCAACCCUAGAGUUGGCCCGAGAACCGACUAGAGAGCCUACCCCCGAUCUUGACACAGGGCUGGUCCUAGAGUCAGCCCCAGAACCUGCCGCGGAGAGGGCCCCAGAGUCGUGCCCUGAGCCAACUCCAGAGAGUCCAAAGAUGAGUUUAGCACUACAACUGUUGCAGGUGGUCCCUACAGAGAAAGAUCCAAAGCUAUCUCCAUUGCCAUCUCCAUUACCAUCGCCCAGAGCGCCAACAACGUGGUCCAGAAUAAAGAGAAUACUGAAGGAAGGGCCCCUGCUAAAGAACUGUAACUCCUUCAAGAGAUGGAAGCUUAGAUACUGUCUGAUUCAAGGACAGAAGCUCCACUUUGCACACCAUCCUUCGUUUGCACAUUUUGAAACAAUUGAUCUGUCUCAAGUCGCCUUGGCAGAAAGUAGCUGUAGAAAUCUUUGCCACGGUUUCUGUGUUAUCACACCACAGCGAAAAAUCUCCCUGGUUGCACCCACUCGGGAAGACAUGGAAGAAUGGAUUAACAUCAUAAAAACUGUCCAACAGGGAGAAAUCCGUCAGAUUCCUGCAGCCGAAAACAACCCUUUCCUUAUUGGAAUGCACUGCUGGUAUUCCAGCAGUAGUCCUUGGACUCAGUUCUGCAAUGUUUGUCGCCGGAACAUCCCUUCCUUCUCUCGAGAUGUCAUCAUCUGUGAAGUCUGUAAUGUGAAAUCACACAAAUUAUGUGCGUUGAGAGCAAGCAAAGACUGCAAGUGGAAUACUUUGUCUUUAACUGAUGACCUCCUUCUACCCGCUGACGAAAUACAAACAAUGCCUCAUCAAUGGGUAGAAGGCAAUAUACCUGCCGGCUCUCAGUGCGCAGUCUGUCAUGGGAGCUGCAGGAGUCAUCGAAGACGGCAAGCUUUCCGCUGCCUCUGGUGUGAUUCUACGGUGCACGGGGCCUGCCAGAAGCGGUUUUCCAAGGAAUGUUCCUUUGGAAGUCGUCGCUCAGCCAUCGUGCCGCCAACCGCACUGAGCGACCCCAGAGGCGAUGGCCAAUUAGUGGUAUCGCCUGACUUCUGGAAUCUUGAUUGGCCAUUGACUUGUUCCUGUCCCUUGCUCAUCUUCAUCAACUCCAAAAGUGGAGAUCAUCAAGGGAUCGUCUUUCUCCGAAAAUUCAAGCAGUAUCUUAAUCCAUCUCAAGUAUUUGACCUGGCGAAGGGUGGACCUGAAGCAGGCAUCUGUAUGUUCAAGAACUUUGCUCGUUUUCGUGUUCUGGUUUGUGGUGGAGAUGGCAGUGUAAGCUGGGUCUUAUCUACGAUUGAUGCCUUUGGAUUGCAUGAUAGGUGUCAGCUGGCAAUCAUCCCACUCGGAACUGGUAAUGACCUCUCUCGUGUCCUUGGCUGGGGAGCAUUCUGGAAUAAAAGUGACUCACCACUGGAUGUUCUCAGCAGAGUAGAGCAGGCUCACGUGAGGAUUUUAGAUAGAUGGAGUGUGACGGUCCGUGAAAACCCCAGACAAUUCCCACUGCUAACAAGACAGGCGGUGAUGGAUAUACCACAAUUUGAGGCUGCUGCCAUGCAGCACUUGGAGUCUGCAACCACUGAGUUGAACAAAGUCCUGAAGGCCAAGAACGCCACCGAGGUGAUCAUCGCCACUAGAUUCCUGUGCUUAGCAGUGAAAGACUUUGUGGCUGAUAUUGUAAAGGCCUGGAGUCAAAUAAAACAGAAGAAUACAGCAGUGGAGUCUGUGAUUUUGAAAAGUGACUUGAUGUAUGAUAAACUCAGUGUCAUUAUUGAUAUCCUGGCUGAGGAUGCAGAUGUUAUCUAUGCUGAGGAAAAAGCUGCCCGUGCCAAAGCUGAUGGAAAGCCCUUCGUCUCACAAAUAGACCACACCACAAGAUCCAAAUUAGAGUUGGCCACAAGGGCUCAGAACCUCCAGGAGUCCUUGAAACUCGUCAUAUUCCAGGUUGAACAAGUUCUUGAUGAAGAAAGCAGACAGUCUUUAUCAGUUAAGAACUUCACAUCAUCCUUCUUCCUGGGAGAAGAUGACUCAGAGGACUUUAAUCAAAUGAGCCCAAGACACCGUUCUCAUUGUGGCACCUUGUCUUCUAUAUCGUCUCUCCAAAGUGAAGACCUACAUUACCUUGACUUAGAAUACUUAUAUUCUACACCUGAAAUGAUACGCUUCAAAGAGAAGUGUGUCAUGAACAACUACUUUGGAAUUGGACUAGAUGCAAAAAUUUCUCUGGAGUUCAAUACCAGAAGAGAAGAACACCCAGGACAAUACAAUAGCCGCCUUAAGAACAAAAUAUGGUAUGGUCUUCUGGGAAGCAAGCAGCUACUGCGGCGCUCUUACAGGAAGCUGGAAGAGCGCAUACGACUGGAGUGUGAUGGAAAAGCCAUUUCCUUGCCAAACCUUCAAGGCAUUGUAGUGCUCAACAUUACCAGCUAUGCUGGAGGUGUCAACUUCUGGGGAAGCAACACGGCAACCGCAGAAUAUGAUGCCCCUGCAAUGGAUGAUGGGAAGCUAGAAGUAGUGGCAAUUUUUGGUUCUGUGCAGAUGGCCAUGUCUCGUAUCAUCAACCUGCAGCAUCAUCGAAUUGCCCAGUGCCAUGAGGUGAUGAUCACAAUUGAUGGUGAAGAAGGGAUCCCUGUGCAGGUGGAUGGGGAAGCAUGGAUUCAGAAACCAGGCCUUAUCAAGAUUAAAUACAAGAAUACUGCCCAGAUGUUGAUGAGAGAUCAGGAGUUUGAGAACUCAAUGAAAACAUGGGAAAGUAAGCAUACUGAAAUCCAAGCGGCCCCACCACCCCAGCUGGAUUACCAGGAAUCUCAAGAUAGCCUCUCUGAUAGGGAAUAUGCCCAGAUGCAGCACUUGGCUCGGCUUGCAGAAGACCUCAUUAGCAGACUUAAUGACCUGAGCAAGGUCCACCAGCACGUGUCUGUCCUCAUGGAUUCUGUGAAUGCCAGUGCUAACAUACUGAAUGAGGUGUUCUAUAGCCAAGACAGUGGCAAUGAGGAGGGCGCAGCUUCCUGUAUUCCCAUUGAGACUCUGAGCAGAACUGAUGCAGUAGAUGUUACAUUUAGUCUUAAAGGGCUAUACGAUGACACCAAAGCUUUCCUGGAUGAAAACUUGUUGAGAGAUGCUGAGGAUAAGGCCACACUACAAACUGCCCUGGAUGCCAUGAAUAUGGAGUUGAGAAGGAUACUGGCAAUUGACUGGUUGAAUCAAAUCCUUUUUCCAGAGGAACAGUCUUCUGACACUCACAGUUUACGUCACAGACUGAGGAUUAGAUUCCCUAAGUUGAGGAAGAAGAAGCGAGAAGAGGGAGAAAAGCCAAAAUCGAGCCACAGAUUCCCUCGUUUUCUUGGCAGGUUCUGGCGUCGCAGAAACCGUGGCAAUGCAGCAAAAGGUGAUGACCCUCCAACACCUUCAAGUUCUCAGCUGUAGUCCUCGAAAGCUGGAAGGAGAACUCUCAACACAGGAUUCCACUACAAACUCAAAACCUCAAUAAAGACUGAACCAAAUUAUAUCAGAACAAACAUGAGCACCACCAAGAAAGACCCUCCAAAUCCUUAGACUAACAUAUUUUCCCUGGACUUAAUCAAAUCUCCUUAGAGGGUUACAUUUUUCUCGUUGGCCAAAGAUUCUUGUUCCGAGUUGUCUUGUUCAGUUCUCCUUCUCUUUGUGUACCUUGAGCAACUACAGUGUUUAUUGGGGAUAGACUCUUUAUGAAUAGCCUGGGAUCUAUAAGAAUUUAUGGGAGCGCAUCUCUAGGACGUGUUGGAAUGGCUUUCCUUCACUAGCAGAGAAACUGUUGACACCAAGGAAUGAAUGAGUAACCGACUCUCAGAAAGAUGAAGAGGGGGCAGGGCAUUCGGGCUUGGCUGUGUUUCUCUUCCAGUCCCUGCCAUUUGCAACUUGAUAUUUCCAAAAGAUGACUCCUAGUUGGUUCAAGAAGAUGAGAACAAGGUCCUGGAUGCUUAUCCACUUGUCUGUUACAAUGAUCAUGUGAAUCUUUCCUUGUAGAUAUGAGUCUCUCCUCUCCUCUCCUCUCCUCUCCUCUC